CCACCCCCCUCCCCUAAAACACAGACCUCCGCGCGCGCUCCCACCCAUGGAGUGAGACGGUGCACCGAGAAACUCACUUUCUGCACGCGCGGGACGCCACUCAAACAUGAACAAACUUGCUAAGGCUCUGUACGACAACACUGCGGAGUGUGCAGACGAGCUGGCUUUCAGAAAGGGGGACAUCGUCACGGUGAUGGAUCAGAACGUGGCCGGCACCAGCGGAUGGUGGAUGUGUUCUCUUUACGGACGCCGCGGUCUGGCCCCGGCAAACAGGCUGCAGCUUUUACCACAAACAGGAACCGCCGAGGCCUCGCUGCGCCACGACGUAGCCCAACCCAACCAAAGCGAUGCUGCGACCAACGACAAAACACCGAAUAUCUACCAGAUCCCAAGUGUCCCCCGACCCUGCAGCAGUCCGGCCUAUGAGCGCAUGGACGUGAUCUACAAGGUGCCGUGCACUCCUUCGUCAACUUCAGAGGUUCCAUAUUCGCCAGCACCGAGGAAGAGGAGAGAAGGACCUGACGGGUACAAGCCAUCAAUCUUCAGCGCGACGUCUCGUCCCACUGGGGAGGUUUACGAUGUCCCGAGCCAGGCCAGACGAGCCUCCCUUUUCACCGCAUCAACAACUCCACAACGGGUGCCAAAGAGCAGCAGUCCGGAAGCCUCUUACGUGUAUGCCGUCCCACCGCCUCUGCCUCAAGACUCAAGCUAUGACAUCCCCGUUCCCUCGGCCACAGAAGCCCAACAGAAAAUGACGGCUGGAUGCAGUACCAUUCCCGGCUCCUGCAAGCCUGAGUGGAUCUAUGACGUGCCCGUGGGUCCUGAGAAACAAAGUUCACCCCAAGGCUCCUAUGACCCCUCCAAAGCCAAACUUGUUGACACUUUUCCAGCACACGCUUGGCCCAAUCAAAGAGGCAGUUCCACUGCCCCGCACUAUGAUAUACCGAAAUCCAACUUGCCCGACAUCUGGAGUCCACCCAAAGUGUCCAUUUACGACAAGCCCCCAACUCAGAAGCUUACAGAGGUGGUCAGUGAUCCCCCCAGUGAUCAUAUACCCCUGGAGUGCAGGAGGGACUCAACCAACGCUCACGUACUUGCGAAGGUGCGUCUGCAGCGGAUGAGGAACUUCAUGGCCUGCACAACGUUCCGGGAACUUCCUGGAAAAGGGGAGUUGCCCGGGCGAGAGGACGGCGAGCGAGGUAGAACACAGCUUCUCUCCGCGGCAGAAAGUCAAAGAAUCAGCACGGCCUCCAGCUCCUCCACCAGCUCCUGUGACUCUCUGGCCCUGAGCUCGUCAUCCCCCGAGCUGCUGCGAGAGGUGACGCUCGCCCAGGACGAGGCCUGCUGCAGGCUCCUGGAGCUGCGGGAGUCUGUCUGCCGGGCCGUCCCCCUUCUCAUGGAGUUCGUCAGCAGUCACUGGAGGAGCAGAGAACAUCUGGAGAAACACCUGACGGCAAUCAAACAAGCUGCCGAGGGUAUUGUGUUUUCUCUGACGUCCUUUCUGACCUUUGCACUGGACGUCAAGGGCAACGCCCGCCGUUUGACCGAUACCAACCUUCAGACGAGGCUCAUUAAACAGCUGUCCAUCGUAGAAGACUCAGGGGUGAUCCUACAACAAACAGUGGGCGCUCUGAACACGGCUGGCUGGCCCCUCGACACGCUCUGUCAGGACCCCAGCCAGGUCCAGACCCCUGACCAACUGGAGCGCUUCGUCAUGGUGGCGCGGACUGUUCCAGAAGACGUCAAGUGCCUGGUGUCCAUCGUCAACGCCAAUGGCAAGCUGCUGUUCAGAGCCCCCCAGAAAGCUCCGGUGCCCCCCAACACCAAGGCUGGGCCAGAGACCAAGGAAGGUCCUGACGGUGGACAUGGAGGGAACUCGGUGGAGGAUGACAACGACUACGUAGAGCUACAGACAAAAAAUGACUUCGAAAAACAGCAGAAGAAAGUGCAGAAGGAACCAAAAGAAAACGUCCCGGUCUCAAAAGCACAGCCUGAAGACGAGCGUCUCUCUUGCGAGUCCGGCGGCGACACAGAGGAGCCGCGGUCGGCCUCCCUGACAGAGCACUGCCGCCUCUACUUCGGCGCCCUCCACAAGGCCAUCGGGGGGUUUGUGGGCAGCCUCCAGGACGGCCACCCGCCGGAGAAGUUCAUCUCCAAAAGUAAGCUGGUGAUCAUGGUGGGCCAGAGGCUGGUGGACACCCUGUACAAGGAGGCCCAGCGGGGGGGCUCCUCCCAGAGCCUCCUGGGCAAGAGCAACCACCUGUGUGCUCUCCUGAAGCAGCUGGCCGUGGCCACCAAGAAGGCGGCGGUGCACUUCCCGGACACGCAGGCUCUGCGCGAGGCUCAGGAGUUCGCGAAGGAACUGGCCCAACGAGCACAGCACUUUCGGACAUUGCUUGACGUGUGAGGCUGCACGCCUGGAGCACGUGGACCUGUUUGUACAGCAAAAGACAUUGUUUUGUUCGUCGCCAGUGUCCUUUUAUGUUAUUGCCAUAUUCAGCUACAUUCAAGCUUCACGAGCCAAAAAGAUGCUUUCUGACUGCAGGUGCUGGUUAAAAUAUUAAUAAUAUGAGGAAAAGUGGCAGAACAAUUGAAAUAGAGUUGUAUUUUGUAGCACGAUAAAAGACUAGAUUGCACAUUUAGGAUACUGUACACAAGCCAAUUUAAAAAUGCUUUUAAAAUAUAUAAAGUAUAACAUAAUUUGUUUUAUAUAUUUUACAAAAGAAAUGUAUUCUCUAAAUAUUAUUUGUUAUAUGGUUGAUUUAUGCAUUUUAUUACUUUAUUGUGUAAAAGGUGUCCUCUCCAGGGUAGUAGUCUGAUACAGUCUACUUUUUAUGAAUAUCUCUGUAAAUAUUUAAAAAUAAAUGUGUUGCUCAUUCCCAAACAACACAUGUGGAAUU